AUGGAGUUCAAAAUAAAUGAGGAGUUUGCAAAGCACUAUAACGAGUACCGUCAAAAGGAGGAACUUCAGAAGCUAAAGUCUCGUUACGGUGAUGUCAAGCUCCUUGAUGCUAAGAAAAAGGCUCCUAAUGGGUCAACAAGCGAGGAAACGGGUGAUGAUUCCUCUUCCUCGUCCUCCAGUGAAUCAGAUUCUGAAUGGGAGGAACAAGAACAUGAGGACUUUUUGCGACUCUACGAUGCCCUCUGCCGUAAUGACCCAGCUUUGAAUGAUGAGGAAAAGGUGUGGUUUCGGGAGAAACCCGAAAGCUCAGAUAGUCAUACGAAGAAGGAGAACCAGCCGCUACUGCUCAAAGAUCACACUCGUAUUCUUUUGCUUUCGGGGGAGAAGGAAUCAAAUGAUGUAAUAGACAAUGCUGCUUCCAAGAAAUCAUGUGCAAAAGAUGUUCAGGCACAGAAGGAAGACUUUUUGGCUGAAACCGAGAAGCUCUUUGGUGAAAAUACCGAAGAGGAGACAAUCUUUUCCAAGAAGCCAUUGCAGUCCCAAGUUGAAAAGUCAAAAAAAUCACCAGUCGACACUUCUCACUUUACAUUUCAAGUGCCAAAAGAAGAUGCUGAGUUUCUCCGCGACUAUCUUGUGAAUAGGCGUUGGAAGUCGGCUGAAAAGAAGGCUGUUCAGAAGGCAACGGAACUCAGUGCUGAUGCAAUGGCGGAAGUGAUUCGUGCUGCAAAGCCGCAGAAAGUUUUGGGGUCUGAUGAGCCGCUGUUAACCGCCCCAGAGGAAUUGGAAGCAGACGAUGAGUUCCUUGUUAAGGCCCGACGAUUCGAGGAUGCUUGGAAUAAUAAUGACGAAGAACUGGCAAAAGAAUAUCCCCAAACUUCGGCUACUCGAUACCGAUUUGAGGAAGACGAUAAGGAAUUCAUUAAAACCUACCCGCGCAAAAUUGAGAUCACGCUGCGCCAAAACGCCACAAAAGGCAUGACUCGGGCUGAGAAGAGAAAGGCUCGAGCUGAACGCAAGGCUGCGGAAAAGGCGGCUAAGAUGGCUGAUGUUGAGAGAUUGAAGAGGUUGAAGAUGGCUGAGUUUGCAGAGAAGCUGGAACAUAUUCGCAAAACUUGUGGCGAUGGAAUUGAUGUUGAUGCAUCGCUCGCGAUGGUCACCAAAGAAUGUGAAGACGCACCCGUGAACGAGGUGACUAAAGAAAUUAUCACUUGUCUGGACAAUGACUGGGACCCCGAGGCACAUGAUCGUCUAGUUGCCAAGCUCUUCGGUAAUGCUUACUACGGUGCUGAGACAGCUGACGAUGGUCUGGAUGAGGCACCGAAGUUUGAGUCAGAUGAAGAGGACAAUCAACUUUGCCUUGGACUUGAUGCCGGUGAUUACGAUGGCUAUCUUCCGAGACAGCACAGAUCGGAUGUGCAUACCAUUGAGGUUCCUGGUGGCGAAUCCCAAAAAAAGCAGAAGGGAGGAGGAGUAAAUGAUGAAUCGAAAACAUCGGCUUUAGCCAGAGCUGCGAAAGACUUGGAGGCGACUAUGGCUCCCAGGAGACGUGGAAAAAAGGCACAGGGCAAAUCGCUUCUUAGAAGUGCUCUUGAUCGACAAAAACCGAUAUUUGAUCCCAAACUUUACCCCGACUUUGAGAAGUACUUCAACGAGUUUUACCAGCUGGACUGUGAGGACAUCAUCAAUGGCUCGGGUCCGGGCGACGAUGUGCACUGUCGCUUUAAGUACCGUCAGGUGAAACCCAACGACUUCGGAUUGAGUGUGAAGGAGAUUCUUGAUGCGGAUGAGAAGGAAUUGAAUCGUUGGGUUUCCGUCAAAACCAUGAGUGCUUAUCGAACAGAGGAGGAGGAGGUACGGGACCUGCGAAAAUAUCACUCCUCAAGGAUGCUGCGAAAGAAGUCGUCCCUUAUUCCGUCCCUUGUGAAUAAGAAAUCAGAUCAGGUGGAACAAACUGAUGCGAAGGAAACCAAAUCGACAGCAGAUCAAGAGAAAAAACUUUCAAAAAAGGCCUUGAAACGCCUUCGAAAAAAGCAACGCAAAGCUGAACUCUUCUCCACGGUGGUUGCAGCCGAAGCUACUAUUACUCAGGGUAACGAUGAAUCCACGUUGAACAAUUCCACUGAAAUUGUUGAACCGAAGACUGAGAAGUCUCGUCCAAUGAAAAAGCGAAAGCUCGAAUGCGUUGCUCCAGCUGGGAGGAAAGAGAAGAAGCCGUGUCACCAAAAACCUUUCCUAAAGAAGCCAAAACUCUCAGAUGAGCGUUUGAAAGCAGCUGGCAUUGAUCCCAAGCGGUACAAGUACAUGCCUUUUGCUGGAAAUAAGUAG